UUUUGAUUAUAGUAGUGUCCUUCGUUUCCUUUUCCUUUCCUUGGUUCCUGGUGGUUUCUUUUCUGGUCCAUGUUAGUGUGCGUGUGUUCACUGUGAGGAAUAUCAGUGUUGAAGAUGUCGUUAGUAAUUCCAGAAAAAUUUCAACACAUUCUUCGUGUUAUGAACACGAAUAUUGAUGGCAAACGUAAAGUAAUGUUUGCCAUGACUGCAAUUAAGGGAGUCGGCCGUCGUUAUGCAAACAUUGUUUUGAAGAAGGCAGAUAUUGAUUUGGAUAAGCGUGCUGGUGAAUGUACUGAAGAGGAGGUGGAGAGGAUUGUGACUAUUAUGUCAAAUCCACGGCAAUACAAAAUUCCCGAUUGGUUCCUAAACAGACAAAAGGACAUUGUUGAUGGCAAAUACUCACAGUUGACAGCUGCUAACUUGGAAGGCAAGCUUCGUGAAGACCUUGAGCGAUUGAAGAAGAUCAGAGCUCACAGGGGAAUGCGUCACUACUGGGGUCUGCGUGUGAGAGGUCAACACACAAAGACCACUGGACGUAGAGGAAGAACUGUUGGUGUGUCUAAGAAGAAAUAAACUGCGUCCCAUGAAUAUGUAUUUAAUUGUUCCCUGUUCGGAAUAAAUUUUCAAAAAAAAAAGGAAUAUUUUUGGAAGUCUCAAUUUUUUUUCCCUGGCUAAAGCCUGUUUUAGACUUUUUUAAUAAUUAUCCUGUUCGUAAAGAGAUGAGAAAAUUCUGGAUUUUGAUCAUCCAGUUUCAAGAUUUCAUUUCUUGCUUGUAAUGGUGAUAUUUCCUCAC